CAGAGUUAUCGAUAUGUCCUACAGCUUACGUCUACGUCUUUAUUCACUCAAACAUUUUGUCGAAACGUUUUUGACAGCAGUUAAUCAUCAUGUCCACGCCAUUGUCAAUAACCCAGACCCCUUCGACGAAGAAGAUCUUCGACAUCGAUGAACAUAACGAUAUUGUUUGUGUUUCGUCGUCGAGGGACAUUGACAAGAAAAUUUAUCAGACUAGAGGGGAGAUAGCAACACGGCUGGACCCAAAUGACUUUCGUCCAUUGUCCGUCAGUCCCUUCUCCCAAGACGUACGACGGAGCACGAGGGGUUCAUCUCCAGCUCCCUGGAGGCAACCUUCUCAAGAAAAAGGCUUCAAAUUUUAUUGCAAACCGACCUGGAUCAGGAACAGAGGUCCCAUCCUAGUAGCUCUCUCCCAGCUCUUCGGUGCUGUCAUGAACCUCCUCACGAGACUCCUGGAAAUAGGCGACGACGCCAUGCACCCCAUGCUGGUUCUCAGCGGCCGAAUGUCGGGAACGGUGAUAUUGAGUGGCAUCUAUAUGUGGUGGAUGACGGUUCCCUCGGCGCCCUUCGGCCCCCGCGACGUCCGUUGGCUGCUCGUCGUUCGCGGACUUUCCGGUUUCUUCGGUAUCUACGGCAUGUGGUAUUCCGUUAUGUACCUCCCGCUCGCGGACGCGACCGUCAUAUCAUUUCUCGCGCCGAACCUGGCUGGGUAUCUGUGUCAUAUCCUUAUACAUGAGCCGUUCACGAGGCUGGAACAGUUUGCCUCUUUUCUGGCUUUGGGGGGAGUAUUGCUCAUCACACGACCUGUCUCCUUGUUCUCAAGUCCGGAGACUCCAACAACAGCCGAUGGGAUUGUCGAGAUUAUCAGCAGGGAAACGAGCUCCCAGUCUGGGUUCAACCACGUCCCGACGUCGUCAGAGCGUCUCGGUGCCGUGGGAAUGGCACUCCUGGGCGUGCUCGGCUCCUCAAUCUCAAUAACUGUCCUGCGCUGUAUUGGAAAACGGGCACAUCCGCUUAUCAGCAUGACCUACUUCAGUACUUGGUGCACCGUCGUGGCUACAACCACGCUUUCCGUCGCCCCCGUUUUCGACUACAAUCAACCGGCCCUUCGCUUCGCGCUGCCUUCCUCUUGGAUUAAGUGGUUGAUGCUCAUCAUCAUUGCUUUCUGUGGGUUCAUGGCGCAGCUCACCAUGACGGCUGGUUUGGCUGGGGAAAAGAGCAACCGGGCUACGGCCAUGAUAUAUACGCACAUGCUAUUCGCCGCGGGGUUCGACCGUUGGGUCUUCGGACAUGAGAUGGGCUGGAUGAGCUUGACGGGGUGUGGGCUCAUUGUCGGCAGUGCGCUCUGGGUAGCACUGAGCAAGAAACAAGAGAUAAGUACGAGAGACGUAGAGUCAGGCGCAAUGCUGGACUCGGAAGCCAUAGCGAUGUUGGCGGAAUCUAAUGAAGACGAUGACAAUACUGUACAGUUAGAGAAUUUACGUUGAGAUAAGCUCCUCAUUGCGUAUACAUAUGAUAUAUACAUGCUUUUUUUUUUUGGAACAUUCCCCUAUAAAAAUCACUCAACUUCCAACGAGACCCCGCAGCGUAUGCCUUUUCUCAUGUUAUCAGAAGACGGGGGCUGGGCAGACACAAGCUGGCCUUCUCCACCUGAAGGGAACUGGCUCAUUAUGUAUGCCGUUUCAUCAGAGGCCAGAGGAGUAAACAAGAAGGAUUCGUCACUUCACAGCUUAUGCCACACCAAGUCGAGCUGAACUGACCAACUGUAAAGAAC